AUGGCUUUAUUAGCGCAGUUUGUUGUUUUACCCUUUAUGGAAAUUGAUAUCCAGCAGUUUGCAGCUUGUAUUAUACAGAACUUUGGCGAAGACAUCGCUGCAACAGAAAUGGAAGUUAUUGAGUUUCAAAAUGAUUUAGCCUUAAAAUCGUUAGUCUCAAGUACUGAAUGUAUCUGGCCUAUUAAUCAGGCUGCGAUAUCUCCUUUAAAAAAGGCAAUUUACGCUAUAGAUGAUAUUCCAAUGCUUAAACUGAGGGGAAAAAAUGCGUAUAAACCAUCUACAGAAGAAAAAAAUCGCAUCUGCAUAGGGAAGUCUCUGCACGAGCGCCACGCCAUUCCAAUGAAGUUAGUCAAGACUAUGUCGACAAUAAACUUUUAA